CCUCUUCUGAAGCAGUCGCCCUGGAGCAAUCAGAGUAGCGGCUGGAGCACAGGAAAUAUAUCCUGGGGAGGAAUGCAUGGCAGAGACCAUCGUAGAACUGGAAACAUGGGAAUUCCAGGAACUAUGAACCAGAUCUCUCCUUUGAAGAAGCCCUUUUCUGGUAAUGUCAUAGCUCCUCCUAAAUUUACUCGCUCCACUCCAUCACUGACACCAAAAUCAUGGAUUGAAGAUAAUGUUUUCCGAACUGACAACAACAGUAACACUCUCCUUCCAUUGCAGGAUCGAAAUAGAAUGUAUGACAGUCUGAAUAUGCACUCUUUGGAAAACUCCCUUAUUGACAUUAUGAGAGCAGAGCAUGAUCCACUUAAAGGUCGCUUGAGUUACCCACAUCCAGGGACUGACAAUCUUCUGAUGUUAAAUGGCCGUUCUUCCCUCUUCCCAAUAGAUGAUGGUUUGUUGGAUGAUGGUCAUAGUGAUCAAGUUGGAGUCCUGAAUUCACCUACUUGCUAUUCCGCUCAUCAGAAUGGAGAACGAAUUGAGCGUUUUUCUCGGAAAGUGUUUGUUGGAGGUCUUCCACCAGAUAUUGAUGAAGAUGAAAUUACUGCUAGCUUCAGACGAUUUGGGCCUUUGGUAGUAGACUGGCCUCACAAAGCAGAAAGCAAGUCCUAUUUUCCACCAAAAG